UGUCUCAUCUUUCAGUUGACUUUCAUCGUCGUUUUGUAGCGAACGUUUCGCACGGAUUUUGAUAGAAAAUUGCAUUAUUUUAUUAGCUGCGUAAUAAAGUCGGUGCACGUUUUUCGCUGUAAUAACUAGUUAAAAACGUUUUAAUACACUUCUUACCUUCCGAUAUUUAAUAAAUUUAGUGUGCGGUCGAAAAUCUGUUAACAAAUUAGCGUCGCGGUAAGCGUGGCGCAAUGCAGUGUGUGUUUGGGUGCGGAUACAGACAGUGUUGUUUGAAGUUAAUUCAGGGAGACGUUUAUCUCGAUAGCGGUUGUAGUGAGUGGUCCUGGAUUACACUGUAGCGAUGCUGCCCAUGGUGCAAGCGGAACCUUUGCUCUUCAAUUCCGCUGCCCAGUCCGUCGAUGGGGCCCCUCCGCCCGCUACAUUGCCACCCUCCCUUAACUCGGACUCCGACGUCGAAGAACUAGUUGACAUAUUUUUUGACAUUGAUGUUGCUGUGAAUACUUUCCAAAGAAUUGAAUCCUGUGAACUCCAACCGGGAGACACAUGGAGGGGGAUGCAAGGCAAGAUGAGCGUGACAACGCCGGUUAAGAAGAUAAGAAAAAAGUCAGACAAUAAGCCACAAUCGCAAAUAAAUAAGUGUCACAACGAAAAAAGGCGGCGGGAGUUGGAGAACGAGACCAUAAAUCAGCUCGAGGAGCUUCUGGGUACCUGCUUGGCGGAAUUGAAGCAGCCGGACAAGAACGGCAUUGUACGCGAGGCGACGCGCGAGAUCCAGGCGAUCUUGAGGCGCAGGCGCGACUGCCCCGGCGAGUGCCCGCUGCGCCGCGCCGCGCGCCGCUCGCCCGUGCAGGCCGGCGAGGUCAGCUCCACACAGCCGCAGCCGGUCGCCGGCCCCCAAGGCGCCUCCGCCGGCUUCUACUACAACGGCUUCAACACUCUCAUCGAGGCUCUGAAACAUUACACGAGCAGUCUGGGCUGGGUCCUAUUAGAAAUAAAUACUAAUGGUGAAAUCAAAUGCGUGUCAGAAAAUAUAAAAGAUCUCAUUAAUGUCGACAGAACUGAACUGUACAAGAAAUCGAUCUUUUCACUUCUACACGAAAGUGAUCAUGCAAAGUUGAAACCUUUACUAAGAAAUUCGCAGUCUUUGGUUUGGGAUACGGGGAAUAUUGAUAAAUUACAAGCCACGCAAGUUCAUCUUCUUAUCAAAAGUCCAAAUGCUAGCGGCGUUACUGGGCUGGUGGACGCCGUGAUCCACGCUGCGCCGGUACGCGGCUCGUGCCCGGAGGAGGCCGGCUCCGUCAUGUGCGUCAUCCGGCGCUGCGAGGACGCGUCGGCCGCACUUCUCCCAGUCGACGGCGGCCCGCCCGCCAUCACUAACAAACUCCCGGAGAACAUCAUCUUCAGACUUGACUGCAAAUAUACUAUUUUAUCUUGCGAUUUAAGUGGAGUGGAAAAUUGUAUAAACUCUCCCCUCUCUCUUGUGGGUGCUUGUUAUUUGGAACUAGUCGAUAGCAGUGAUCGUAUUCGUGUAGCCGCGCAUUUACAAGAGGCCCUGUGCGGAUCCGGGCCGCCGGUAGUGAGUGCGCCCUUUCGGUUACGCGUUGCCGCCGAUAAACCUCCUUUCAGAGUCAGUGCUUUAUCGCGCCUCUUUAAGGCGCAGUCGGCUUCGGUCGAAACCGACUUUAUAAUGUCGACGCACACCGUGCUCGGAGACGAAGAAGUCGACCUCCUGGAUGUCGCCGGUUCCAGACCACCCGUCGGCGGUCCACUGAUGACAUCCGUCGCGAACGGGGAGCCCUCCGGCUGCGAGACGCGAUAUCGCUCCUCCAUGAGUCCCCCGGAUGGACAGUUUUCUAUUAACGAUUUCGAUCUCGAAUCUUGGACCCCGGGAUUUCAAAUCGGAGAAAUGUCCUGUGAAGAUACAAAGGACAGAAAAGAGGUGGUCGGUGAAGAAUCGAGCACCCCGCCGGCGCUACGUGUACCGCCGCCGUCCAACGAGGGAUCGCAGUCCUCCCUUCCCGGCGAGGAGCAUAAUCGCCUUCGCAGCUUGCUCAGUAAAAAAACUGGCGUUUCCGAUUCUGUCAACUCGAACAAUCGUAUUCUAAAAGAUCUGCUCAACCAAGAGGACGAGGAGGCUACGAGCAGCGAGACGUCGGCGCCGCACACGCCGCACACGCCUCAUACCCCUCACACGCCGCACACGCCCCACACGCCGCACGCGUCGGGCACGGCGCUGUCUCCGCUGCACACCGCGCAGGCGCAUGCGCGGCCGCUGGCACCCCACGGGCCGCUCACGCCGCACACACCGCACACGCCUCACACGCCGCAGACGCCACACGCGGCCCACACCUCGCACACCACACAUGCUGCACACGCGCCGCACGCUCAGCAUACGCCGCACGCGAUGCCGCAUCAGCCCUCGCCACACAACAUGCAGCAACCUCAUCAUAACAAUUCGGAAGUUUUACUCAGGAUAUUAAAAGAAAAAUCCGAUGAAGACAAUGAGGAAAAUCGAAGAAGCGCUUCGGAUAGCUCUCGUGGAACUUCUCAACCGUGCGCCUUGCUCUCUCAGUUACUUUCGCCCAGCAAUGGGCCCUCCGGCAACGGCCGCUCCCAGGACACCACUGAUAACUACCUCGAAAGAAUCGGAAUGAAGCGAAAGUAUGAAGAGAGUAAGACUCCCACCAACGUUAAGCGAGCUACGCCUGACAAUCAACAGGUGACAUCGAGCGCGGUGCCGGUCGCGUCGUCGGCGGCCUCGUCGACGGCGGCGAGCCCCGCCACGAGCAGUAGCAACACGCAGCGGCCGCUCCGACAGAAGAACCAGAUUCUUGUGGCGCUGCUGGAGCAGGCCACGCCCUUCCCCACCCCCAACCUGCGCGGCUACGAGCCCGUACCUCGCCCUCGUCUGCCUCACAUACCGCAGCACCAACACCAUCAUUCCACAUUAACUAAUAUGAUCCCUCCGCAUAGUCGAGCGAGUAACGUGAACGGCGGCAGCGUGGGCCCGGUGACGACGAGCGUGGGCAGCGUGGGCAGCGUGGGUGUGUCGGGCAACGUGGGCAGCGCGACGUACACCACGGCCAGCAUGAGCGUGCCCAGCCACCUGCAGAUGGUGCUGCAGAGCUCGCGCGCCGGCUACCCGCACUCGCCCACCGCCGCCCACUACGCCAACACCGCGCCGCACCACGUCUACAAUAGUCAGCCCUCAAACGACAACUCGCGAAGUCAAGCGAGCUCCGGCGGCGGCGGCGGCGGCGGCGGAGGAGGAGGAGGGGGAGACAACGACGCGCCCAGUGACCUGAUGCUGUCUUACAUUUUGGACGAGGUGAUAGAGAACAUGCCGUACGCCGACCGACCUGCGCCAGACGUCAACGUCCUCAUGAACAUGGAGAAUCGUCAGCUCAGAUCGGAAUACACCGGUGUGAAAGAAAAGAAUGCGGUGAUCAACGCAAUAACACAAAGUCUGAUGCAGUACGAGGCGGUUUCCAAAAUUCCCGUGUCUUCCAGCCCAGGAGCACCCCCAGUGUACUCUGUACAGAGUCCGAUAUCGUGCAACAUGGGUAGUGGUAGCGGCAACAGCGGGAUGUACGGCAUGGGGCGCGGCGAGGACUCGCGCUCGCUGGUGGAGCAGCACCGCGUGCGCCUGCUGCACCAGCAGCGCUCGCAGCAGAUGCUCGUCUCGCCUGAGGCGACGGAGCAGUCGCAGGCGGACCUCGGCUCCACUAUAAAUGCGCUCGUCUCCAACACCACGCCACCCAACGUCGCACUCACGCGCACAGAUUUCCAUCAUGUAUAUCAUCAAAAUCAAAUGGGUUCAAAUUACGGUACAAAUAAAAUUCCUACGUCUCAACAAAAUCCGAUGCUAAGCCGACAACUGGGUAGCUCUGGUCCGGGGUCGGGGUCCGGGUCUAGUGGGUACGCGCACUCUGCGGCGGCGCUGCACACGCCCCUCGCACACCAGCCCUACCACCGUGCGCCGCGCCCUCCGCACCCUCCGCACCCUCCGCACCUCGUGGGUGGCUACUAUGAGGAGAGCGAGGCGAGCGGCAGCGGGUACUGCGCGGAGUACGGGCGGCGCGGCGCGCACGGCCCGCACGGCCCGCACGCCGCGCACCCCCCGCACCCGCCGCACCCCCCGCACCCGCCGCACCCGCCGCAUCCCCCACACCCGCCGCAUCCGCCGCAUCCGCCGCAUGCGUCGCACGAACAACACAUGUCCUUACAUAUAGGCCGAUAUAAAAAAGUAGUCGAUUGGCACCUCUUUAUUAAACGUGUGAAUUUUGUGUAUUGUGUUAAUAUGAAUCGAGUAUCCUGUUUCAAAGUGGUGGGUUGGCGAUGUGCAGGUUCAGGCGCGGGCUGCGUGUCGGGUGGCGUGUCGGGCGGCGUGUCGGGGGGCGUGUCGGGCGGCGUGUCGGGGGGCGUGUCGGGUGGCGCGACGGGCGGCACGUCGGAGUACGUGCGCAACGAGCUGCGCGCAGUGGUGGGCGCUCGCUCCGCACGCCCCGACAUGCACGCGCCCAUGCACGCGCCCGAGCUCGAUCAGCUGCUCACCUUCGACAUGGCCGCCUCCGAGUACUACGGAGGCGGUCUCGGCGGCGGGCGGUGAUGAGGCGGCGUGCGCUGGACAGGGGCCGGGCGCGGGG